GUCUGACCACUUUAGCCAGGCCCCGUGUGGUGGAUUGACUCCACCGCAUCAACCGGACCGACGGGAAGAGCGUUGACCAUUCAUUCCCGGGGGAUUUCCGCGGACGUAGCGGAGAGUGCGUGUGUGUAUCUGUGCGCCAGUGGCAUUCCAGUAUUCCAGUGACCGGCGAGUCGAGUGAACAGUGAUUGACGUGUUGUGCAGGUAGCCUAACAUUCAGGCGCAGUGCUCCCACUGACCGACGUAUGAACUAGCAGACUUGACCGAUGGUGUCGUUUGCCAAGCAACAAGUAUCGCUGCAGCUCCAGUUCCGCUUCUAACCAACCUUCCACGUGUCUGUGUGUGUGAUUAUGAUGGCUGCCACAAGAAUCCCAGCGGCAUACGACGUGUGCUAGUAUUGGCUGUGUGCUAAUAGCGAGAUCCGUGUGUGCGUGUGUGCGGUUGUAUCGCAUCGCAGGAUCAUGAUCUGAGACCAGGCUUGCCCCGAGGUCUACUAGUUGUGCAUUCUACCUGUGCACGUUCCUUGUGCAUACUUCCGCGUGCGCGCGUGUGUGUGUGUGAGAGUGUCCGUGGGGGCCUGCCUCCCACCCGCUUCGGAGAGGCCAGCGCGUUAGUGUGCGGGGCGGUUUUGUAGCAGCCAAAAUUUCCCAAAACAGCUAGUUGAAUGAGUAACAGUGCGAUGGUGGCCGUGGCGAUCUGCUGUAUACUGGUGCUGCUAGCCGUUUUCAUCGUGCUGAUCAUAGUGGUCGGUUCGACGAUGGGCGAACCGAAGUGAGAUAAGCUCCAACUGGGGCCAGGACACUUCGCCGAUGGAUAGCCAAGGCCCCCCGGCUGUUAGAAUUUGGACGGAUUUUGUUCCACCGGUGCUGCCGCUACCGCCGCCGACGCCAAUGGCUGCGGUGGCGCGGACAGCGGCCGCGACGAGCGUGCUCACCAUCACCACCAACACCACCACCGUCAGCACCAACCCCACCAGUCUCGUGUCCUGCGCGCGCGGCGCGUCGCUCGUGGCCAGUAGCCGUAGUGAGCGUGUAUAAUGGAGCGUGUGUCCAGCUACCACUACCAACCGACCGUUACCACCACCACCACCACCAUCACCACUACCCGUACCAUCAGCUGCUGCGUUGCGCCAUCGCGACGGUAGAACCAAUGGCGUAACGGGCGAAAUGUGGUAGAAGCGCGAGUGUGAGUCCACCACCACCACCACCACCAUCACCAUUACCAUCGAAACGGACCUCAAAACCACCCGAAUGAGCGAGCGAACGUACGAACCAACCAGGCACCGGGCGAGGCAGAACGACCAUUAGCGAGAGAGAGCAAAGCAAACCGAUUGCAGACAAAAAACCUUCCUCCAAAAACCCUCCAUCCCGCCGCAAAAAAGGCAGUGUUAGGGGAAGCUACCGGAUUACCGCUGAUGUCCCGGACGGGCGUCAGCGAAGAGCGUUUUGUUUUAUGCGGCACAGCCUAGCCCCGAAUCAGCUUCGAAUAGUAACUCACCUUCUCGGCCAACGUCUCCACUACUACUUGGGCGCUCGGUUUUCCCAAACACAAUCGAUUUUCGCACUUAAAAUGUCGUGUUCUUAAAUUUACGCGAAAAACGCUUUCCUUUCUGCCUGUCUACACAACACGAUUCGUACCCUUUAGUAGUCAAUCAAUCAAUCACUCCCCAUCGUACGCUUGUUGCACCUGAUUCGCACCGCCUCUCGAUAACAGGAAGAAGAAGUGGACGAAGAAGAAGAAGAAGAAGAGGACGAAAACAACAACUACUACGGGCACACACUUGUUCAUACUGCGUCAAAAACACACGUCAAAGCACAGCCACACGACACUCACGAGCAAUGGAAUAAAAUCUUACACACCAAUUCUACACAGCCGUCUUAGCGGGGGCACAAAAACAAAAAAACAAACAAACAAACAAACGAAACGAAACAAACAAACAAAACAAAGCAAAGGCUAGUUUUAGAAGCAAAGCAAGCAGCGAGCAAGCUGCAUAAAUAUCUUUUAAAGUGAAAGAAAAAGAGCGCGGCAAAACAAAGGAAAAAACC